UGAUUCUUCACAUUUUCUCGCAAUGUAAAGCUAUUGAAUUGAAGUAUUAUUGGCAGUGUAUAAACGAGAAGCUGUUUUACACUUGACCAAACACGAUAGAACGUGUAUAAGUGUCUCACACAACACGCAUAUUUUACGACUGUUUGUGAACUAUGAGAAGCGCGAUUCUUACGCAAGUUUUGCAUGUCACUAAAAAACGUUUUAAAAAAUGAAAUACACAUGCAUCAAUAUAAAAUAUCAAUGGACGCGAAAGAAAAUUGCAGGUCAAUAUAAAAUACAAAUAUGAAAAAUUCUACUGAAUACUUCUACAUAUUUAUAUUUGCAAAAGUAUUUAUUUAAAAGCGUAAAAAGAUCUAUUCAAGAGCGUUUCUGCAUAUUUAAUAAAUAAUGCAAUAAAUUUUUUUCAUUUGUCAUUGGUUACUUGGCGCAGAUCAAGAUAGUUACAUAUUAACUUAGUCAGUUAUUUAUUAAAUAUGUUGAAUAUAUCGUUACGUAUAUGUUGAAUAUACGUGUUACAGACUAAUAAACAUGAGGUAACGCUAAUAUUACAUUAAGGAUAUAAUUUCUUAUUCAACAAUGUGUAAGUACAUAUAACGCAUGUUGUACAUAAGUCACAUAUGUGGCAAAUUAUAGCAUUAAUGUAAUUUACUCUGUCUGUUAGAAAGUGAUCGUAACCAGGUAACCGCGUCUCUUCAAAGACUGACUUUUCAAUAUCUUGAAAAAAAGUUAAAUCAUAUGUCUGUCUUUUUCUAAUUUGAGGAAAAAAUAAAAACAAACUUAUAUGAUUUAACUGUUGGAAAAAUUGGUUUCAAAUUACGUAUAAAGUAUAAUUAAAUGCACUUACAAAAAUAUCGUCGAUAUACGGCCAACAGAGAAUUAAUGAAAUGAGUCAAGAGGUCUAUAAAUGCGGCAAUUCAAUCAUCAGUUAAGCUUUUAUAUCACCUUAAGCUUUCUGACAGAAGUCAACGCGACAGUUAAUGUGUCAAAGGGACAUUUGUUCAUCGAGCGCAAGCGCGCCAAUUUCAUUCGCGGUUUCACACGGAUAUAUCCGUGUUCCCCGAGAAGAUGAUCCUCUCCUCGACUUUUGUGCUCCUCGAAACGCGAUCCGCGCUUUUCGUUCGCGUGCUCGUCGAUUUUGUAGCUACGGUCCUGUCGCUGAACGUUGUAUUCAUCGCGCAGGCUCACAUCGAUUUAUUCGCUCAGCUGAUAUAUUCUCCAGUUUGCGCUGCGUUGCGCAAUUCUGCCACGUUUGAAACACACAUUGCAACACUUGCUGCUCCAACAAGCAUGUCUUCCAAUCGAGCUUAAGUACCGAACAGUGUGCAAGUGCAGCUCUCUUCCGUUACUACCUCACGACGUUCGGCCGCUUCGUAGUUGUUCGUGUUCAUCUGUGCGCUCGACGUAACGGCCGUGAAAUGGCGUGGGACUUCUCGAUGCGUAUCCGUUGUAAAGGUUCGCAUGAGGAAGCGCGUUCGUAGAUGAUGACAGGCAAGCAUGUUAUCCAAGUGAGUGGUCGAGAAUCAAUCGAGGUAGAAGUACCGGUCGAGAGAUUUUCCUCUGUUGUCGUGGUAAUGGACGAAGCUUCUCCGCAGAGAAAAAUCAUGACUUCCUCGUCUUCGUCCAGUACGACUUCUGUAUGCACCAGCGUGGAUGAUGCACGCCGGUGCAACAGUCAUGAGGAGACAAAGUUCCUCGACACGGAAGAGGUCAGUACCGCUUGGCUGCUCGGCAGCUCCUCUCGCGGAUCGAGACGAGUCUUUGAAGGAUUGCAGAUAAAGAAGUCACGAUGUCGCGUACGGCAAUUGGUGCUCAUAAUCGCCGCGAUUACGGCAUUAUUAUUCGGGGCAAUUAUCGGCUUCAGCAUUGGCAGUAUUCAAUGUAUAUGUGGUCGCGAUCUGGAUUCGCAAAGCGACGAGAUUCUAAUGCCGCCCGACCCGGAGAACCUGCAGCCACCAUCGUGGAGUGAGCUGAGAACCUUCAAGAAUGGCGCGGUUUGUGCGGAUGGGGCACCGUGUGCUGUUAUUGGCAAGUCGAUUCUGGAGCAGAACGGAUCGGCAGUGGAUGCCGCGCUGGCCGCGCUAAUAUGCAACGGACUUGUUAACAUGCAGAGUCUCGGUUUCGGGGGUGGAUUUAUGAUGACAAUUUACGAGAGAUCCACGCGCCAGGCCUUCGUGUUAAACGCGAGGGAUCGCGCGCCCUUGUUAGCGAACUCUACAAUGUACGACGGCAAACCCGCGAAUGCGUCUUCCUUCGGCGCGCUAGCAGUCGCUGUUCCCGGCGAAUUGGCCGGCUACUGGGAGGCUCAUCAAAGAUUCGGUAGAUUGCCAUGGGCGGAUUUGUUCAAGCCGAGUAUCGAGCUCUGCGAGAAGGGCUACACCUUGACGUUAGUGCAGUACGACGGCUUUGGCUACAAUAAGAACAGUAUUUAUAACGAUCCGACUCUGAGAGAAUUGUUUGUCGAUCCCACAACUAACGAAUUCCGUAAACCAGGAUCCAUCAUUAAACCCAAGGCACUUUGCGAGACGCUGCGAGUUAUCGCCGAGAAGAACGCCACGGAAUUUUACAACGGCACGAUUGGACGACUUCUCGUCGACGACCUGCGGCAGCAAGGGGGCAUCAUUACGAUGAAGGACCUUAACGAGUACAGGGUCUCAUGGGAUCAACCGAUCCAGACGAAUCUUUCAGGCGGCUUGAAUCUCUUUACGACGGGUUUACCGGGCAGCGGAGCGGUGCUCUCGUUCAUCUUGAACGUCUUCGACGACUACGGCUUCUCAUCCGCCAGUAUAGCCGGCUUAAACGCGACGACUCUCACGUAUCACAGAAUGAUAGAAACAUUCAAGUACGCGUAUGCGUUAAGGACGAACCUGGGUGACGGAAAUUUCAACGAUAUGUCUGAGAUAACGAGAAAUCUUACGUCAAAGAACUUUGCUCGCCAGAUACGUAGGAAGAUAAAUGACGACAGGACAUGGCAGGAUACGCGACACUACGGUUCAUUCAUUGGCGCCGGUUUCGAAGACCACGGCACGGCGCACGUGUCGGUGCUGGCGCAGAACGGCGAUGCUGUGUCGGCCACCAGCAGCAUUAAUUAUUAUUUCGGUAGCGGACUGGUCAGCCGGAGGACCGGCAUACUCCUGAACAACGCAAUGGACGAUUUCGGUAUCCCGUUGAGGCUCAACUACUUCGGCGUGCCACCCAGUCCCAACAACUACAUCGCCCCCAAGAAGCAGCCGUUGUCCUCGAUGGUGCCGUCCGUGCUCGUCGACCAGCAUGGCGACGUUAAAAUGGUCGUGGGUGCCGCGGGUGGCACGAAAAUUACGACCGCGGUGUCCCAAGUGAUCGCGAAAAUCUUGUGGAUGGAACAGACGGUCAAGGAGGCGGUGGACGCGGCGAGGAUACACCAUCAGCUGUUCCCAUCGAGGGUGGACUAUGAAUACGGUGUCCCGAAACAGGUGAUCGACGGUUUGAAGCGCAUGGGGCACGUCACGAAGCGCUACAGGGCACGUGGCAGCGUGGCUUGCGUGAUAUUGUACGAAAACUCGACGAUCUUCGCGAAUGCUGAUUAUCGCAAAGGCGGCGACGUGUACGGGAUCGAUUAAUAAUCCGUCGUCGUCGUCGUCGUUCCUAUCGGCCAAUCUCCGCCGAGUUAUCGGAUCGAUUCGUUGUUUGGUGUGACUUUCCGCUAAGCGCAGCAGACUUCGUUACAAAGAACGCGCGUUGUGCGUGCCUCGCAGUUAUUAUACCGAUGUGCGCAACGCGUCGUCAACACGUCGUCAGCGGGACAUUCGCUUUGGAAAGGUGGUCGCGUCGGAAUCGCUCGCUCUUGUUUAAUAAAAUUUUUACAAGUU